AAGGCAUGCAGGCAAGUUCGGCAACGCAAGAGACCCGAUACCAUUCCCCCUCGGCGGCCACCAUUCCAUUCUUGGCAAGCUAGCCACCCCCACCCAGCCCGGCCGAGCAAGCAACCGGCCACCUCGCCGGCGAGCGUGCGUGCGGGGGAGAAGUACUAAUUAACCGCGCGCGCGAUCCAUCCAUGGCCGUGCCGCCGCCGUGCCCCGCGCCCCACGCAACGUGCCCCGCACGCCGCCCGCCUGCUCUAAUGCCCGCGCGCCUCGCUGCGACCACGCCUUCCACUUCCACCGCUUGCGCCUCUCGCCACCGAGCUCCUCCUCGCUGCUGCUCCGCCAGUUGGACUGGGAGGCGACGGCGGUGAUGGCGCCGCCGCGGUGGAAGUCCGGCGACGGGCGCCGCCGGCUCCUGCUGCUCCUGUGCUGCUGCCUCCUCGCCUUCCCCUGCCACGCUCAAGUACUCACCAACAACAAUAUCUCCCACCGGUCCGAUCAAGGCGGCAUCCACUCGUUUGUGGGCACGUACGGCAUCAACUACGGCCGCAUCGCCGACAACCUGCCGCCGCCGGAGGUGGUGGUGCGGCUGCUGAAGCUGGCCCGGAUCCGCAACGUGAAGAUCUACGACGCCGAGCACAAGGUGCUGGACGCGUUCCGUGGCACCGGGCUGAACCUCGUGGUGGCCAUCCCCAACGAGUUCCUCAAGGACAUGGCCGCCAACCCGGCCAAGGCCAUGGACUGGCUGACCGAGAACGUGCAGCCGUACUACCCGUCCACGCGCAUCGUCGGCAUCACCGUGGGCAACGAGGUGCUGGGCGGGCAGGACGCGGGGCUCGCCCAGGCGCUCGUCGGCGCCGUGCUCAACGUGCACGACGCGCUCAAGAUGCUCCGGCUGGACGCCAAGAUCGAGCUCUCCACGCCUCACUCGGAGGCCGUCUUCGCCAACUCCUACCCUCCCUCCGCCUGCGUCUUCCGCAACGACCUCAUGGUGUACCUCCGCCCGCUUCUCGACUUCUUCUCCAAGACCGGCGCGCCCUUCUACGUGAACGCCUACCCGUUCCUCGCCUACAUGAGCGACCCGUCGCACAUCGACAUCAACUACGCGCUGUUCAAGCCAAACGCCGGCAUCGUGGACCCCAAGACCGGCCUGCACUACAACAACAUGUUCGACGCGCAGGUCGACGCCGCCUACUUCGCGCUCGAGGCCGCGGGCUACUCGGGCAUGGAGGUGCGCGUGGCGGAGACCGGCUGGGCGUCCGCCGGUGACGCCACGGAGGCCGGCGCCAACAUGGAGAACGCCAUCACGUAUGACCGAAACCUUCGGAAGCGGCUGUUCCUGCGCAAGGGGACGCCCUACAGGCCCGACCGGGUGGCCAAGGCCUACAUCUUCGCGCUCUUCAACGAGGACCUCAAGCCGGGACCCACCUCCGAGCGACACUACGGCCUCUUCAAGCCCGACGGCAGCGUCUCCAUUAACAUCGGUCUCAAGGGGCUUCUGCCGUCAUCGGCACCGCCGCGUCCUCUCGUGGCCUUCAAGAGAGCCGGAGCGUGGGGCUGGAUUCUACAAUACUCGGCUGCGCUUCUUCCGUGUACAUUGUUUUCUCUAGCAUUGUUAGGGAUAUGAACGCAGAUUAGCACCUGCAUGCCUGCUCGCUGUAUAGUGUGUUAGAUCCAAGCUUCAUGGACUGGAAGCUAGCCCGUGGCGCUUACGAGGGGCUAGUAAGCUGCUCCAGGACAAGUGCAUGCAGUUUACUACAAAUUAUCUUCGUAGCAAAAUCGCGCUAUUGCGAAUCUCUCAAUUCAGGGUUCGGAGAUGGUUAAGAAUUCUAGUAGUAUACCAAAUUUCCGAAUAAAUCAAUCAAAAGCUAAACCUCAUGUUUCAUUGUUC